AUGGACCUCCAUCGCCGGCCGCCGCAAACCACCACCGGCGCCGUCGCGACCAACCCUCAUUCCCACCGUCUCAAAUCACGUUCCCCUCUACCAUCACCAAAAGCCUCCGAUGCUCUCCCUCUACCUCUCUACCUCACCAACACCAUCUUCUUCACGCUCUUCUUCGCCGUCGCGUAUUAUCUCCUCCACAGAUGGCGUGACAAGAUCCGUAGUUCCACUCCCCUUCAUGUCGUCAAUUUCACCGAACUCGCCGCCAUUGUUUCCCUCAUCGCUUCUUUCAUCUACCUUCUAGGUUUCUUCGGUAUCGAUUUCGUUCAAUCGUUUGCUACACGCGCUUCUCAUGAUGGUUGGGACCUCGAUGACACCGUCAUCACCACUACCACCACCACCACCACCAAUCAGCCUCUCCGCAAACUCACCUCACCUGAACCCUCAUUAUGUUCAGAGGAAGAUAAUUCAAUUGUAAACUCCGUCGUAGAAGGUACGAUACCUUCCUACUCACUCGAAUCACAGCUCGGAGAUUGUUUCCGAGCCGCGGCAAUUCGUCGUGAAGCUUUACAACGAACAUCAGGAAGAUCUUUAGAAGGUUUACCAUUAGAAGGAUUUGAUUACGAAGCGAUUUUAGGGCAGUGUUGUGAAAUGCCGGUAGGGUAUAUUCAAAUUCCGGUGGGUGUGGCGGGACCAUUGUUGUUGGAUGGAUUUGAAUACACUGUUCCAAUGGCGACUACAGAAGGGUGUUUGGUUGCUAGUACUAAUAGAGGGUGUAAAGCUAUAUAUGUUUCUGGUGGUGCUGAGAGUGUUGUUUUGAGAGAUGCUAUGUCCAGAGCACCUGUUGUUAGAUUUUCUACUGCUAAAAGAGCUUCUCAGUUGAAGUUUUUCUUGGAGGAUCCUUUGAAUUCUGAUACAUUGGCUGUUGUUUUCAACAGGUCGAGUAGAUUUGCCAGGCUGCUAGGUAUUCAGUGUGCUAUGGCUGGGAAGAAUCUUUAUAUGAGAUUUACAUGUAGUACGGGUGAUGCCAUGGGGAUGAACAUGGUCUCCAAAGGGGUGCAGAACGUUCUUGAUUUCCUUCGAAAUGAUUUCCCUGACAUGGAUGUUAUUGGCAUAUCAGGAAAUUAUUGUUCGGAUAAGAAACCUGCCGCAGUUAAUUGGAUUGAGGGACGCGGGAAAUCAGUUGUUUGUGAAGCAAUUAUCAAAGAAGAUGUGGUGAAGAAGGUAUUGAAGACCAAGGUGGCUGCCCUAGUGGAGCUAAACAUGCUCAAAAACCUUGCUGGUUCUGCUGUUGCUGGCACUCUUGGUGGAUUCAAUGCCCAUGCUAGUAACAUUGUUUCUGCCAUUUUUAUAGCCACUGGUCAAGAUCCAGCUCAAAAUGUUGAAAGUUCCCAUUGCAUAACAAUGAUGGAAGCCGUAAAUGAUGGGAGAGACCUUCAUAUUUCAGUGACAAUGCCAUCCAUUGAGGUGGGUACGGUAGGGGGUGGGACACAACUUGCAUCUCAAUCUGCUUGCUUGAACAUGCUUGGUGUGAAGGGUGCAAGCAAGGAGGAACCAGGAUCAAACUCGAGACUCUUGGCAACCAUUGUUGCUGGAGCUGUUUUAGCUGGCGAGCUGUCUCUGAUGUCUGCCAUUGCUUCAGGGCAACUAGUCAAAAGCCACAUGAAAUACAACAGAUCAUGCAAAGAUGUAACUAAAAUUUCAUCUUGAGGGUGAGGUCUUAGUUGCAGUCAUUGUUUAUGGUGUCUAAAAUAAAAUAGUCUUUUUCAGCGCAGAAACCGGAAUUUAGGGAAGGAAAAUAGAAGACAUUGGAUUCAAUUUGAUUGUUGGUACCCAUAUCUGGCUCUGUGUAAUAUUUUGAUAGUACCUGUUUGGUUGUCCUCUCCGGUCACUCCUUUCAGCCGAGCCAUUGGUGGGUGUUAACAUUCUCCAUUUCCUUAACCAAGACAUUGGAGUGUUGUAUUAUAAUUCUUUUUCUGGUAUUUAUGUUUAGUAUAUAUGUAUCAAUGUACUGUUGUCUACAUUUAUUACCUUUAUUUGAUGUAAUUGUGGACCAGUUAGUUAGCCGUGUGGUUCGAUGAAUUUCCUUUUGUCGUACUUGUCCACAUAGUAUCCAUGAAAUGAAUUUGACCAUGUCUUUCUUAUGAUUUCUCAUUCAGUCAGAAUGGAUGUUGGUGUUAUUA